AUGGCUUCUCCCGAGGAAACCCAGUCCAUGACCGACGACGACCACCCCGACUUCGACAACAACUCGCAAUGGCCCCGCCGCCUCCUGCACGUCCCAACCAUGACCUCCCACAAAUGGUCUCCAGGCAACAAAUACGGCAGCGCCACCUCCCCACCCUACAUCGCCAUAUCCUACACCUGGGGCCGAUACAUGCUCUCCCCCAACGAAAUGCCGGAGGUCAAACCCCUCCCAAUCCGGGGCGUCUCCUGGCCAAUCCCCCGCGUAAACCCCUCCACGCACUUCACCGUCUCGGAAUUCCAGCACAUCCUGAAGCAAAUGACGCUCGAGCCACACCGGUGGUACGCAUUCACCGAAUGGCGAUGGAAGCAGCGCACCUGGAGACGACGCGUUGUUAAUGCGGUGUAUAGGUUUUUGGAGCAGCAUGCAAGGGUGUACGAGUUCGUGUGGCUGGAUGUUGCGUGUAUUGAUCAGCGCUGGACGCGCAGCACGAUGCUGGAGAUUGGGCGACAGGCGCGGAUAUUCAGCCAUGCGAAGCAUUCGUAUGUGUGGUUGAGUCGGCUGACGGAGGCGAAUUUGAGGCCGCUGUUGUUGGAUUUGAGGGGGGCGCUGUAUGGGUUGCAGAAUGAGCCGUGGGUCAGGGAGAAAGCGGUGGGGUUUCAGAGUCGGCCGUGGUUGCGGAUGGCGGUCGGGUGUUUGAGUGGGUUGUUGAGUGAUCCGUGGUUUUCGUCGCUGUGGACUUUGCAGGAGGCUUUUCUGUGUACGCAGGCGGUCAUUUUGUCGAGGGAUGGGAAGGCGGUGCUUGAUGUUGCGCAAUUUGAUUUGAAGCCGUGGACUUUGCAGCGGUUGUUUGGGUUUGUGAACGAUUUUGUGUUGUGGGCGGAACGAAGUACGGCGCCGAGGGCAGAGCCUGAGUAUAGUGAGUUGAUGGAUUUGGUGCAACAAUCAGGAAUGGCGGCUCUGUGGCUCAACACCCCUAUGGGUCUGCUAGGAGUGUCAUACACCCGUAAGACGACAAGGAGUCUUGACCGUGUCUAUGGUGUUAUGCAAACACUUGGUAGUGAUUUUCAAGUCGGCCUUGCUCGAGCGGAUGCGGAUCCCAGCAAGGAGUACACGCUUUCUGAGUUGGAGGAUGAAUUUGGCGCGACUGUCAUCGAACGCUAUCCUAUCCUUAGUCAAAUGCACGUUUAUCUCGAGCCUCCCGAGCCGGGCAAAGGAUGGUGCGUCCGAGGAAGUUCAGCUGUACCGAUGAUUGCUGAACGCGGCGAUCUCUUUGGCUGGUCUAGUGGCAAUCGUUUAGACAUCGGCAUGGAAGUAGGCUAUAAAACUCUGUGUGAUAUAUCGACGGUGAAGGUCCAAGACAAUCUUUGGGCGAGGCUAUCAGGACGAGCCUGCUCUUUCAUAAAGCUGCAGCAAGCCUGGAAAGAAGCUGAUCAAUCGUCAUUUGCAACAAGAUUGCUACACUCAAAUUGGAGAAUGCAUCGAUCUUCCACUCCAUCCAUUCAUAUGAUUGCGCUUGAUCGUGGUACGCCAUUCGAGCCUGAGAUGCCUGAACUUCGUAUCUUGAACGUCGUAGGUCUAGGGUCCGAUGAUCACCAGCAUAAUCUAGCUGCCUGGAUGACUGAACAGCCCAAUGCUGAAGACGUACGGGUGUUCCUUCUCGGCUGGUCUCAUAUGCAAGAUGAGGUCUUCCAUACAGGUUUGAUCUUGAUCAAGCGUGAAUCGACAGAUAUUACGUAUUGGCAUCGUAUUGGUAUUUGUAUGUGGAUGACUUCCCAUCUGUCAGAUCUAGGUAAGGGAGAUGGUGAGUACUGUGAUCGGGCUUUUCUGACAGGCGAGGAUGACGACUGGCAUUCGCUUGAGGGUCUUUUCGGCUGA